GUUUCUGGGUACAUAUCCCUUCAUGCUGCUGCACUGAUGGCGGGUCGAUUAGCUCUGUGUUUGGUCGAGGCGACGGCUGGACGGCUGUACUUGAGGCCCACCGCAGCCGGUCUGUGCCUGAGAAGAGCAGCAGGGGGGACUGCUACCACUCCUGUCCCACUGCAGGCCAGUUCUGGGAACCUUAGGACUCAAGCUGAUCUCCCUGAGGUCACUCUGCCCACAUUUCUGUACAGGAUGAUCUUCAAAGGGUAUUACAAUCGAUUACAUGAGCUGCAGUUGUAUGAAAAGCAGAUUUAUGGCCCUAUGCUUAAAAUGAACAUUCGUGGGGAGCAGACUAUUAACCUAAGCAGUGCGGCGCUGCUGGAGGAACUGCUGAGGAGAGAUGAGAAGUUCCCUCGCAGAGGAGAUAUGACUCUGUGGACUGAAUAUCGAGAUAUGAAGGGCUUUGGAUAUGGUCCCUUCACUGAAGAGGGAGAGAAGUGGUAUAAACUCCGAGCUGUGCUGAAUAAACGUAUGCUGCAUCCCAAGGACUCGCUGAAGUAUGAGAAUGUAGUUAACGAUGUGAUCACAGAUUUUGUUAAAAGGAUACGUUACCUGUGCAAGAUAAGCCCUACUGGAGACCUGGUGCCCAAUGUGACCAAUGAGCUGUACCGUUUCUCUCUAGAAGGAAUCUCCCGCAUAUUGUUUGAGACUCAGAUUGGCUGUCUGGAAAAUGAGAUUCCAGCUGAGACUCAGAACUUCAUUAACUCGAUUUCCCAGAUGCAAAGAGAGAGUAUACCUGUGUCCGUGCUACCCAAAUGGACCCGCAAUUACUUGCCGUUCUGGAAGCACUACGUGGCUGGAUGGGAUGGCAUUUUCAGUUUUGCAUGCAAGCUAAUUGACAGAAAGAUGGAAGACAUUCAGAAGCGUUUGGAUACAAACCAGGAAGCUGCAGGAGAGUAUCUCACCUACCUUCUCUCCAACACUAAAAUGUCUAAAAAGGAUGUGUACGGAAGUGUUGCUGAGCUACUACUGGCUGGUGUGGAGACGACCUCCAACACUUUGCUGUGGGCUUUGUAUCUGCUGUCACGGGAUCCAAAAGCACAGGAUAUUCUAUAUCAGGAAGUGGCCGACAUCGUCAAGGGAGACCAAAUACCUGCAGCUCAGGACAUAAACAACAUGCCUUACCUCAAGGCUGUCAUCAAGGAGACACUGAGAAUGUACCCUGUUGUUCCCGUAAAUGCACGCCUUUUGUCAGGAAAUGAUGUGAUCAUUGGAGGACACUUCUUCCCAAAAGAGACAACGUUUGUGAUCUACCAUUACGCAAUCAGUCAGGAUGAGACAGUCUUCCUUCAUCCACAAAUGUUCAAGCCUGAACGAUGGUUACGGGAUGGGAGGGAGAGGCCUCACCCCUUCGGAUCCCUCCCAUUUGGGUUUGGAGUAAGAGGGUGUGUUGGCCGCCGCAUCGCUGAACUAGAGAUGCACUUGGCUCUGGCAAGGAUAAUCAAGCUGUUUGAGUCCAACCAGACCCCAGCAUAGGAGAACGUCAAAUCAAUAAACCGCAAUAUGCUCGUGCCAGACAGACAAGUAAACUUUCACUUCCUGGAACGGAAAAGAUGCAUCCACUUAAACGGCUUUUUCACAGUUUAGUUGAAUUUGGAUUGUCAGUUUACAGCAGAUUUAAAAAUAUUGUAUAAAGACAUAUGUUUAAUAUUAUGGUUGCUAUAUGUUCAUUUGACAAUACUAUGGUGAAUUUGGUUGUAGUAAGCCCACAUAAGCCCAUGAGUACAGGACCGUUUUUAUGAGUAUUACUUUCAGUUUAAAUAAAAAAUUUAAAUUGUUAAUUAAAAUUAAAAACAAUUUAAAAA